GCUUACAAGAAAUAGAUCAUAUGUCUAUUGUAUUAUGUAGAUAUUUUGUAUUAAAACGUCUGCAUUCAUUACCUAACAUUGUGCGAUGUUUACAUCAUUGUCAGUAUACCUCGCACGACGCACCGGCUUUCGUAACCUACAAAAUACCUCGGCUCACAAUCAGCCACGAAGAAUCAGCUGAUUGAACUGAAGAGAGGUUAACGUAAAUAUCCGAGUAGUCAACAUUUGGGUUCGAUUUCAACAUGUCAAGAGGAAUGUAUUACAGAAAUUGUCUCAGAAGGUAUUUGAUACAACGAAAAUGUACGGAUUCUCGGGUGCGAACGUGUCGCGCGAUCCACAGAACGAUCCCCGUGUCUUCAUCAGCGAUUAAUGCAGGCGCAACUGAGCGAGUUGCUCUAGAUGAAAAACCAGGGAGGAAUAUCAGAGAUGGACCAUCCUUGAAGGAUUUCCUGAGCCCGUCCGUUGUCGAUAUUCCCAGCGAGAAGCCUGUCCCGUACGUGCAGGAUAUCCGUGGCGAGAAUCAAAAAGUGUACUUCGAAAUUUACGGUUGCCAGAUGAACGUGAACGACGCCGACAUAGUGUGGUCGGUAUUGAAGUCGCACGGCUACAAGCAUACGCGAUCUCUGGACGACGCGGACAUCGUGCUGGUCGUCACCUGCUCCAUCAGGGACAACGCCGAGCAGAAGGUGUGGAACAAAUUGGAGCACUUAAACGGACUGAGGAACAAGAGAAAGAGGAUAAUUGGACCGCCUAUGAAGAUCGGUCUUUUAGGAUGCAUGGCCGAACGCUUAAAGACUAAGAUACUAGACAGGGGGAAGCUUGUAGACGUAAUAGCGGGCCCUGACAGCUACAAGGAUUUGCCAAGGCUUCUGGCGGUGAUGGACGAUGAAACGGCUGUCAAUGUCUUGUUAUCGUUUGACGAGACGUAUGCGGAUGUCACGCCGGUUAGACUCAACCAGGACUCCACUGGGGCAUAUGUUUCUAUAAUGAGGGGUUGCGAUAACAUGUGCACCUACUGUAUCGUACCGUUUACGCGAGGAAGAGAGAGAUCCCGACCGAUUGCAAGUAUACUUGACGAGGUCCGGCAGUUGUCGGAUCAGGGGGUGAAGGAAAUAACUCUACUUGGACAGAACGUGAACAGCUACAGAGAUUUAUCGAAAUCGGAAUUUGCCCUGUCGGCUAACACGGAGACCCAUCUCGCUAAAGGUUUCAAAACGGUUUACAAGACUAAGAAAGGCGGUUUAAGAUUCGGCGAUCUUCUGGACAAAGUCUCCUCGAUUAAUCCGGAAGUAAGAAUAAGAUUUACGUCGCCUCAUCCCAAGGACUUUCCCGAUGAAGUGUUGCACUUGAUAGCCGAGAGACCGAACAUCUGCAAGCAGAUUCACUUGCCUGCGCAAAGCGGCAACUCCACGGUUCUGGAGAGAAUGCGAAGAGGAUACACCAGGGAAUCGUACUUAGACUUGGUGUACCGUAUUCGUGAUAUUUUCCCGGGCAUACAUCUUUCGAGCGAUUUUAUCGCCGGGUUCUGCGGCGAGACCGAGGAGCAGUUUCAAGAUACGUUGUCGCUGAUAGAAGAAGUUAAAUACAACAACGCAUAUUUAUUCGCCUACAGCAUGCGCGAGAAAACUACGGCACACAGACGAUACAAGGACGACGUUGAGUCGCACAUAAAGAUGGACCGUCUGAAUCGCAUGAUCGCGCUAUAUCGAAAAGAGGUGGAGAAAUUGAAUAGAGCACAGAUAGGGCAACGUCAACUCGUUCUCGUGGAAAGCACGAGCAAGAGGUCUGAUCAAAAGUUACGAGGUAGAAACGACGGUAAUGUGAGAGUUAUACUACCAUCUGCGCCUAUCCCGAUUGCCGAGCACUCCGUUACGACAAGAGAAAUACAAGUUGGCGAUUAUAUCGUCGUACGAAUUGACAAUGCCAACUCCCAGACUUUACAAGGAGUACCUCUGUACUAUACUUCAAUCGCCGAACAUUCACUAAAUAAAUAAUGAUUGUUCACUAAACAAUAA